AUGGUAGAUAUUCACGUGUUGGAACAAGCGUCUGAUGUGACAACCAUACAUGAAGCCUUGCAAGCUGUAUUAGACGAGUUGGAUGGCAUAAAAUUGGGCACAACUUUGGUUAUUGCACAGCACAUCAUCCCCGUUUAUCCAUCACUACCUAGACAAACCAAGGCAAUACUUCAUGAUAUAGUGUGUGGUUCCUUCGUAGUUUUAUCCCAACUGGUAGCGUUUACGAAGAAUUUACCAGAAACUGGCAGAGAAGUCACGAUUUACAAGCAAUUUUUCAUUGAUUCAUUGUCAAACAAUCGCAAGUGUCUUUCUAAUUACGUUUCUAAAUGCUCGACUUCGAAAACUGGAAGAAAUAGUUUGAAGUCACUUCUCUUCGGUAGCAAAUUGUUUAAUCUGGUAUCGUCUGAAAUCAGUAUAAUUGAAUAUUUAGAGUUACUACGAACACAGUGGGGAUAUAUGAUAGAUUCAGAGUGGGAUCAAAUAGAUAAAGUAUUUGCUGGGGAACUAAUCAUCUCAAUGUUAUCGUUACACCCAGUUUACUCCCCAAAUGUAGUAUUUGAAGAGCUGUUCUUUUCAAAUUCUACAAAUUUCGAAAAAUUGACGCAAGUUUUAUAUUCUUCGAGAGCUUUAAACAAGGAAACAAUGGUUUCACGGUACAUACUCCCCUUCCUAGAAAUACGAACUUCCAUGUCAAACUAUGGCGAUGUUUUUUGCAUAUUGAAAAAGUUACCUUUGGAGGAUGGACUUAAUAUUAAUAAAAUAUUAGAGAUGAAAUCAAUUAUACUGCAGAUACUCAUUAUAAAAACGUUGAAUCGAUAUCAACUUGACAAGCUAUUAUCGUCACUGCUCUCGCAAUUUAACGAGUUGAAUGAAACGGAAGAUGAAAAUAUAUGUCAAUUGCUUGUAAUUAUUUCGAAAUAUAAAUUAGAUGCUUCGAAGAGAGAAGAAUUGUGUCACGAUUCUAGGUUUUUGGAUGCUGUAACAAAGAGGUUAUCACAUGAAGAUACUGUUUUCAGAGAACGCACAAUGUUUAUUGCCAAAAUGCUAUCAAAUAAUGAGUUGAAAUAUGAAAGUGAAUUUGUAAUUGAACUGCCAAGUUUGAUAUUUAAUGAUAAUUCCUUAAAUAUAUCUUUCCAGUCAUUGCAGUUACCAUCAGAAGAUCAUCUUCACAGAGAAACAAAUACUACUGUACAAAUCUCCAAUCAUAUGACCUCAUUGUCUUUACAAGAAGAAGACAGUGAUGAUGACGAUGAAAUGUACGAUAAAAGCUAUAAGAGGAUAGUGUUUUUGAAAGAUUUAGCGCAGGAAUUCGAAAAUCGUGAUAAAAAUAAGAGGACGAAUAUGGUAAAUCUACUUAGAGUAUGUGUCAAAUUGGUGAGACAAAAAUCCAGCUUUCCCUUAGAAGUAGGAUAUUAUAGUUCGCAAUUAAUGAUGGAAAUUGCGACUUUAAAUAAUAAUUUUGAUGAGAAAGACUUCGAAAAAUGGAGAAUUAAUGCUUUAGUUAGUUUACUGGUUGUUGUUCCUGACAAAGUGAAAGAUUUGUUUCACAUACUGUUUCAAAAAGAAUUGUCACUACAACAGAGAAUGUCUCUCCUUUCAGCAUUGGGAUUGUCAGCCAGAGAAUUAAGAGGGUACGACGAUGCAAGUAUACUUAAGCCAAAAUAUGAUUUUCCUACGAGCAGAUUGCCCUGGGAUAAAGAGGACAAGAAGAAAUUGACAGAAAUACUGGACACCCCAUCCAAUACUAUCGAUUCUCUUGGUACUGUUUGGAGAUCUAAAAAGCUGGACAUGAAAACCAAAUCAGAAGGCCCAAAGAACAACUUUAGAAAGGUGGCACCGUUAUUCUUUUACCCUCUAGCACAUGGCUGGCUCAAUGGUAUAGAUCUAGGUACCUACGACAAACUGUUCAAGGCACAUUAUAUAGCAACUUUACGGAUAGUAUACUCCUGCGCAAAUCCUGUGCAUGAGUACGAGCUUAUGACAGAUCUUAUGGAACAAAUUACCGUCCAAGCAAUGGAACAAGGCGUUAAUAUAGAGCCAGCAUAG